CAGCACCGGGAACUCGUCAUCCAUUUUUCUCCUGGCAGUCUGGCAGUGAUAAACGAGCAGUAGAAGUGGUAUUGUGUCUAUCUGAGACUGAAGAAAGAAACUGUCUUUGUAGCUGCUGGACCAUAUUAGCAAGAUAUUUUUGCUGACACUGGAAGAGGAGGUCUUCACAAACCACUGGGAAGAGAGAGGUUAGAGAGAGAAAUCACUGGCAGCAGUGGAAAAAGGCAGCAGCAGAAGAGAAGCAAGAAGCAGGCAGGGGAGAGAAAGCCGGGGGACUUUCCGUUGGAUCCUACUUCGCUUUUGGGGACGAAGGAGAAGGCCUCUCUCUCUCCCUCUGUUCUUGGCUGGAGUGGAGGAGGAGAUGUUCCCCCCUGGCCUGAUCCACCACCGCACGGACGGGCCGGGCCCCGGCGAGGUGCCGCGCUCCGGCGGCGCGCCGAGCCUCGUGCUCACGGCGGACCCCAAGCCGCGGCUCCGCUGGACCGCCGACCUCCACGAGCGCUUCGUCGAUGCCGUCGCCCAGCUCGGCGGGGCCGAGAAAGCAACACCGAAAACUAUCUUAAGGACAAUGGGUGUGAAGGGACUCACACUUUUCCACUUGAAGAGCCAUCUUCAGAAAUACAGAAUGGGAAAACAACCGGGCAAAGAGACGCCGGAGCAAUCUAAAGAUGGGUCCUAUCUUCUAGAUGGUCAAGGUGGAAUGAGCCUGUCUCCCAGAGUUUCUACUCAAGAUGCAAAAGAAAGUCAAGAAGUUAAAGAAGCACUGAGAGCACAGAUGGAAAUGCAACGAAGCCUGCAUGAACAAGUGGAGGUCCAGAAGCAUGUCGAUAUAAGGAUGGAUGCGUACACGACGUACAUCAACACUCUGCUAGAGAAGGCAUGCAAGAUUGUGACCGAGCAGUUUUCCUCGAGUAGCUUCGGCGUCUCUGACAACAAUCUCCCGGAGCUAUCCUCCGGUGGUUUCAUGUGUGGCACUGCCACAGACGCGCUGAGCUCCUCUGUCUUCCACCAGCUCUCCGUCAGCUCGAACAACUUGCACAGCCCAGGAGGCAAGCCGUCUCCCUCCGGCAUGGAAGGCCAGCUGCUUCUCCAAAGAUCAACUGAGUUUAAACGCAAGUCCUCCUGCUGAGUUAUGUUUGUCGACAAAAUCUGGAUGAAAGCUCUGGCUUCCUUCUCCGUGGUGGCCAUGUCAAAUCCCGCAACGACAAUGGUCUGCCAAUCUGUUUUUACUGACUUGUUUCUCUUGCUAGUGCAUGCAACGAAGCAAGGUUGUAUCAGUCAGAAUCAGCAACCUAAGUUUGUAUGUAAAAUGCCUAAUGUGCUAGUCAGGUGCCUUAAUUGGUACUAUCAAGUUUUUAUUAUUAUCAUAACUUCUGAUUCUAACAUAACACAUAUACAUUCUGCACAUUCCAACGAUCAAUUCCUAUAUUUCUGUGUA